GGUAUUUUUAAAUGGCGGCAUGUACGAAGUUUUGAAAUUUUCACAUGCUUGAAAAUCUUCUUGUUUUUUUUUACCGUAAUUCGUCCUCUCUUUAACCUUUAAAACGAUUCUCCUUAAAAUGUGGGACACCCCAGAGGAUUGUACGGCGGUUGUACAGGUAAUGGAGGAAUAUGAAAGGCUUGCAAGGCCCACUAUAAUAGGACGAUUGAAUUUUGACGAAACGCCGUCGCCAAAAUUUAGCUCCAGUUUCAAGGCACAGACAAAUAACAAAAGCAGCAAGACGGACUAUUCGUUCGCCCGUAGAAGUUCUAAAGACAGGGAGAAAGAUGUGGCGCUGUUGUGUGCAAAAGGCAAAAUAUCACAACUAGAAAAUGAGUCGAAACUCAUGAUGACUGAACGAAAACGGGCAAGAAUUGAACAGGAUAAAGAAGGCGAGAUACAUCAAGGUAAAUAAUGUGUAAUUUAAUAUUCUGAAGUAUUUUAAUUUAUAAGGUAAAUAAGUACUAUUUAAAGCACGCGUAGGAGUGUUUUAUCACAUAUAAAACACGCGGAGUGUUUUAUAUGUGAUAAAACACGACUACAAGUGCUUUAAAUAGCUUAAAAAACGACUCAUCUUAUAAUUAUAUGAGUUCAUUGGCGAAGUAAUUUUUAAAAUAAACUUUGUCUAAACCGAGAAAAUCAAAGCUAAAGUUUAGGGGCGGAUCAUUAGAAAUCCCGGGAGGGGGGGUGAAAAUUAAAAAAAAAAAAUUCGUGCAAAGGAAAAUGCCUGGAAAAAAAAUUUGUGCAGCCAUUACGUCAGAGAAAAAAAAUUCUUGCAAGCAAACAGUGAAGUACAAAUAGUCUUGAAAAAAAAUUUAAAGGUUAAAUGCAUUAAAAAAAAUUCCUGCAGAGACACGAGACUGAAAAAAAAAUUCGUGCUGCAAAAAUUUUAUACCCCCCCUCCCGGGAUUUCUAAUGGUCCGCCCCUUAUGUAAAUUAACGUUAUAAAGUUUAUGUAAAUUAACGCUUAUGAUUUUUCUUUGUGUUUUGCUCCUGAAUUAUUAAUGAGUUUUUUAAUGUAAUUUAAUUAAGUACACAUAGUAAAAGUUAUAAACAAAAAAAAAUUAAAAAAUAUAUUAUGAACAAAACAUUUGGGUACUUUAUAGUAUUUGAUGGCGUGUGUUCUGAUGGCGAGUUUUUUCGUUCUUUUAUCACGUUUUGAUGGCGUAUGUAAGCAGUGAUUUACUCUGGUAUGGUAAAGUGUAAAAUUUCCAGAAUUGAACCUGUGGCUCUGCAAUGCUGGUUAAGCGCUCUAGUUCAAUCAAGCAAGAUGGGCUUGCAGAAUGUUUGAUCGAUCUGUAAGCCCAGACCUUUAUCAGACCUGAUAAUAAACUUGUAAACCUCAUAUUAUAAGCUCUCCCAGUCGAAUCUAAGCCACCUGUCUAUAAGCCCAUCACAUUACUAAGUUUGAGUAAUGAGAUAAACGAAACGUAAGUACUUUGCAGUCUGACCAUUUAAUAGAGUUUCAAAAUAAUGAAAAAUUAAGUUUGGGACUGUCGAAAAGCUGACCAUGUCUGCUUAAUAGAGAUGACCAUUCAAUAAAUGGGUCAUUCCACAAAACAUCCAUACCACCCACACGGAGGAAAUUGGAAGUUAACCCCCCUACCCCCUUUGGAUGUCCUAAUACAUUUACUAUUAUCAGAAACAAUUUUGUCCCCCCCUCCCCCUCCGAACGGGAGAAAUUUCCUCCAUGGGGGGAGUGUGGAUCUUUUCUGGAAUGACCCAAUGUCACAUAAAUAGUGUUUAUAUUGUGAAAUUUUUGGUACUUUACCACAUGACCGCUUAACAAAGGGUGACCACUUAAUAUGGUGCCGCUUAAUACAGGUUCGACUGUUUUUAUGUUUUCCAUUCCAUUCUGAUGCAGGAAACCUGAGACGUGAGAUUGAAAAGAACUCAGAAUUGCAACAACAGUUGAAAUAUGUCUUCAAUCAAGAGAAAAAUGUGCGAGAUGAACUGAAAGGAACAAGAAAGGAAUUUGAAGAUUACAAAAAGAAAGCCGAAGAAAAAAUUCAUGGAUUGCAAAGACAGAUGCUAAAAUUGAACUCUGAAGUUGAAGAGGUAUUCUGUGUAGGAUUCUUUACAGCUUUACUGAUAAAAUAUUUUAAACAAUUAGAAUUGAUACAGUAGUUAUAACAGUACCUUAAAUAACAAUUGUUCUUUGUAGUCAAAAGAAGGCUUUUGGAGACAACUGACAGAAAUGAGAGAAAAAUUGACAAGGUAUCACAGUUAUGUAUACUGGACAUUGACCACUAGGUGGUAAAUUUCUGCACAAUCAUUCGAGCAGAAGACAUGAUUUUUCAAAAAAAUAAUUUACCUCUGCUACAGAAUUUAGCAAUAUAUAUAAUAUAAUUGUAUAUAAUAUUUUGAGCUGUUGAACUACAGGCACAAUGCAGCCCCCCCCCCACACACACAAACACAAAAACAGAGAAAUGACCACCCUGCAAAUUAUAUCUAUUUUGAUUUGAUAGUUUCAUAUUUGAUUAUUCUUACUACUAAAUUUGUAAAAUUACCAAUAUUACCAGUCUCAGAUCUCACCAUGCAGGCCUAGAAAACAAAUUUUGUUAAACUUUUUCCUGGGGUUUUCCGGGCGUACCAGGAAACGCGUACGUUUUCCGGUUUACCAGGCCCCAGCCAAAGCAAGUAGCAGCACCCCCCAGAUACUAAUCCACCACCCCCAAACGAAAAUAUGAAAAUCUGUCUCUGUUGCACUGAGAUACAAUAAAACUAUUUCGGCUUUAUGAACAGAUAAUAGCUUUAUGAACAGAAGCCUUUCUGAAUGAUAGUUGUAACAAAGCUGUAACUAUUAUUUUUCAACCAUGAAACCAUUCUAGAGGGUUAUACUGUAAGCUAUAUAUUGCAUGAAAUCUAAGGUGAAAAAGUUUAAAGAACUAUGAUUUGCAAAAGGUGGUCUGAUAUAUUGGUAACCUACAGUAAUCCCUGCCUGCUACAGUAUUUUGUAAAGUGUCUGCCACUGGUGGUGAUUGUGAAAACUUUGAAAAAUACAUAAACAUAGUGUUUUUCAUCAAAAUUGUAUAUAAUUAUUUCCACCACAUUUUACAGCUGAUGUACAGCUCAACAAAGAAUUAUUCAUAUUUUUCAGACAGGAAACUGAGAAGAUUAUUGCUCAAAACAAACUUGCGGAUAAUGAGAACCAGUUGGAAUAUUACAAAAAGUAAGUACCGUCUUGGUCGGAACAUACAUGUCCAGACUUUCAUGAACAAUAAUGGACCGAAAUCUUUAUUUUAGUCAAAACAGUUGAAAGUGCUGUCACUGUCUUUUUCUGACAAUAGACUGAUUUAGAAAAGACAACACAAACUGAAAGACGAUUCCUUCGAAACAGAAAUUCUUCGUGCAAAACAAAACAUUUGAUGUAAUAUUUCAAACCCGACUAUGAGGACUGGACUAGAUUUCAAGCCCGCGCAAUUUGAUCAAGUCCGAGGCGAAGCGAAGAAUUAAUCUAGUCCAGUCUGAAUUGUCGGAUUUGAAAUGACAUCUCAAAUGAAUAAAUCACUACUUAAAGUGAGGUCAAUUAAUUUUGAUCCAAUCCAAGGACUGAAUUAAUCUGGAUCCAGUGAUCCAGUCCUAGGACUGGUUCAAUAUACUUCACCAGGUAUCCGGCACAGGGCUCGAAUUUUAUCGCGGCAAUUGACCAUUUGCGUAAUAGACUAAAUUUUGAACUAAACAAGUUUAGACAAAAAUUUCAUCACAGCUUGAAGGAGCAUCACAAUAUUAGUAAUAUUCCAGAGUUUCGUUGCAAAAUGUUGUAAAAUGCGGAAAAUAUAGCCUUGCGAAAUUUGCAAUUUUCAGUCAUUUUAGAUUACAAACGGGAAAUUGACAGCCCCAAACCCUUCGAGGCUGUCAAUUUCCGAUUUGUAAUCUAAAAUGACUGAAAAUUGCAAAUUUCGCAAGGCUAUAUUUUCCGCAUUUUACAACAUUUUGCAACGAAACUUUGGAAUAUUACUAAUUUUGUGAUGCUCUUUCAAGCUGUAAUGAAAUUUUUGUUGAGAUGAAAAUUUAGUCUAUUACGCAAAUGGUCAAUUGCCGUAGAGGGAGAACAAAAUGCCGUGGAUCAUUGCGGCAACGACGGCAAUUUUUUGCCGUAUAGUAUAAUUUUUAUACUAUUCACUGUGCAUUACUAUUUUAGUAUUUUGAUACUUGAAUUCAGAUGUUGGUCAAACCAUGCGUAAAUCGCUAUUUUAGUCUCAGUUUUCUUCGAAAAAAAAAACACUAAAGAAAUACGUACUAGACAUGUUUCUAGCUUGUCAAAAAUCCAAAGUGACAAUAAAAUUAAAGUUGUAUUACAGUAAUUUGAAAAAUGCCGUGGAAACUGUCAAAAUUGCCGUAGACAGCUGUUACGUUCUACGGCAAUUUUUAACGCCAUUCCCGUUGAUUGAUUUCAGGGAAAUUCGAGGCUUGAUCCAGCAUUAUCAUGUAAAUAAAAUAAAGCAGUAUGGUUGGCUAAUUUACUCAUGAAUCAUUAAUGAGUUUGAGAUUAAUCUGUGAUCCCAGGGGUAUCCUCGACAGCAUCGCGUCAUUCUGAAUACAACAUUAAUUAAACCAAGAUUUUCACGUCAUUGAAGCAAGAUGAAUGCUUGUGGCGACGUUAAAGGAGUUAUAUAAAAUCUGUCUCAUAUAGCAAACACAGGAUCGUUUUUCCCCCCAAACUUAGCCGUGUGUAAAGUUAUUUGAAAAAGCUUCAAUGUAUUACAGUAAUCAAAUUCCUUAGCUCUCAAUCUUGAGCUGAAUUUGAGAUUGCGUCGUCAAGUUUGCUUCGUCGUCUUUUCUAAAUCUGCCUAUUACUUUGAACAUUUCCUGACUGGCCUCAAAGCCAUUUUGUUUCAGCAUUAAAAAUCUCGCUGGCUUUUUAACAUGAACCUCGGUCCAAAAAGAAUUAUUGCACGCAAAUCAUGUCAGCACCUGUAAUAAUCUGUGCGCUACAGUACCAUAUAUUGAGAUUUACAUGUGGCCAGCGAUUGUUGAACAAUCAGGAAUGGUAAUAAAAUUUGAAUGUAUGCUUAUAAUAUUUUUUAAGACGUUAUUCACAAGUGAGUGAGCGUGUUGAAGAGCUGGAAGAAUCUCAUUCUAAAUGUGACGGAGCAGAGCAUAGGGUUAAGGUAAUG